AGCACAGACGUCAUGCAAAAAAGUUAGAGCCUUUGCACGAUUUACCCCCCAUUCUGUUGCCGCCCGCCAUGAACGCCUCUCCCUUUUUACCUCCCGUCCCACCGGCCUUUCCUCUCCUUCCUAUCACCUCCGACGCCACGCUUCGGAAAUGCAAGUCAUUUCCCUGCAAAUCUUGCGACAUCUUCAUCGCGUCAUAUCCCAAAAGCGGGACGACGUGGACACAAAAUAUUGUAUACCAGCUUCUGGCCGCUGCUGCC